AUGGCUGCAACAAUGAAGGCGGUCAAUUACUCGGGACCGUUCAAGGUGACGGUCCAGGAUGUGGAGAAGCCGGGCAUCGAGCACCCGGAUGAUGUAAUUGUCAAAGUCACGACUUCAGAGGAAGUCGGAUCUGGAGUGACCCUGUUGGAAAAGGGCGACCGCAUAGUAAUGCCCUUCAACGUCGCCGACGGUCGCUGCCGGAACUGCGAGGAGGGGAAGACGGCCUUUUGCACCGGAGUCAACCCUGGCUUCGCGGGCGGUGCUUAUGGAUAUGUUGCCAUGGGCCCUUACAGAGGAGGCCAAGCUCAAUAUCUUCGAGUCCCUUACGCGGACUUCAACGCGCUGAAGUUACCUCCGGGAGGCGAGCACGAGGCAGACUUCAUCCUCCUCGCCGAUAUUUUCCCAACCGGCUGGCACGGGAUUACCCUCUCAGGGUUCAAGCCCGGUGAGAGCGUUGCUGUGUUUGGCGGCGGGCCGGUGGGUCUGAUGGCUGCUUAUUCCGCUGUCUUGCGCGGUGCUAGUCGUGUGUUUCUUGUCGAUCGUGUUAAGGAGCGGCUUGACGCUGCGGCCAAGAUAGGCGCCGAGGCGGUCAGCUUUGAGGAGUUUGAUCCUGUUGAGAAGAUCAUCGAGUUGAAUGGGGGCAUGGUGGACCGAUCUGUGGAUGCAGUGGGAUACCAAGCUGUUACUAAGGGCGGAUCGAGCGAGGUUCCCAAUAUUGUCCUGGAGAACAUGAUCAAGGUCACAAGGCCCUGUGGAGGUCUGGGUAUUCCUGGCCUUUACGUGCCUACCGACCCGGGUGCACCCGACAAAGCUGCAGGAGAGGGAAUGAUCUCCCUGAGUUUUGGAAAGCUGUUUGAGAAGGGCUUAUCGCUUGCAACUGGUCAAUGCAAUGUGAAGGCGUACAAUCGUUAUUUGCGAGACCUGAUCAUUGCAGGAAAGGCAAAGCCUAGUUUUGUGGUGUCUCACGAGAUUGAAAUCGAUGAUGCCCCGACUGCGUAUGAGAAGUUUGACAAACGAAUCGAGGGUUACACCAAGGUGUUGAUUCACCCAAAUGGGCCCAUUGCUUCAGCUGGUGAAGGCGCCUCUAAGAGUGCCGGGGUUUGGGGCGAGGGUGGGAAGGGGAUCAGGAGUGUUGAGAAAACCAUCAAAAGCUGGGUGUAA